AUGGCCGUCAAGUCUAUACUUGUCCUUUGCGCUUCAGCUUGUUUUGUUAAGCUGACAUCAGCCCAGUGCAUCGGAGCCGUGAACACCAUAGCUGGCAACAACUUAGUAGCUGAAGAAUUAUUAUCUGGCAAUUUAUUAGGUGGAAACCUAGCUUAUGGAGGUAUCCGAGCUCCUUAUGGACAAGGAAUAGGCUACGGCUAUGCUGGAAACACCAUUUCACCAUCCAGUGGAGGAGGCUUUGCAGUCACUAGCUACUCGCCAAUCGUUCCAAGUGGAAUCACUGUUAUUUCUGACAACGCUAUCGAAGGUGCUUUAGCUGUCAAUGGAAUGAUGCCUUUCUUAGGAGCCAUUGCUUUAGAAGGUGCUUUACCUACUGCGGGUGCUGGUGGCAUUAACUACGGCUGUGGUAGUGGUUCCGUGGCUAUUGUGAGUGAAGGCGUGGCUCCUUCUGCGUUUGGUCCCGUGGCUACAGGCCCAGCUUACCCAGCUACGGGCUAUGGGCUGGGUAGUACCAUUUCAGGUCAGUGCAUCGGUGUUGGCAACAACAUCGCCGGCACUACCUUAGCUGACGAGCUCGCCCUAGCCGGCAACAGGCUCCCGUGCGGCUCCGCCCCAGCAGGGCUGAGCGGCUACCCCGGCAGCUACGGCCUGGCUGCCAACUCCUUCGUGCCGUCCAGCGGCGGCGGCUUCGCAGUCACCAGCUACUCCCCCAUCGCGCCCACCGGCAUCACCGUCGUCUCGGAGAACGCUAUCGAAGGCGCGCUCACUGUCAACGGAGAGCUGCCGUUCUUGGGCGCUGUGGCUGUGGACGGCGCUCUGCCCACUGCCGGCGCGGGCGGCAUCAACUACGGCUGCGGCAGUGGCUCCGUGGCUAUCGUCAGCGAGGUCGCUCCUGCUGGACCUUACGCCCCCGUGGCUCCUGCCGCUGGUUUAGCUCCUGGCAGAAUCGGUUAUGGACCUGGCCUGGCUGGACCUGGUCUUGCCGCUCCUGGUCUCGGUCUAGCCGGUCCCGGUUUGGGAAUCAACAGCCUUAAUACGCUUGGACAAUCAAUCGGAUUAGGCAAUGGACUUACACAAAAUAGACUAUCAAAUGGCGUUGGACCUAAUGGUCUACUGGGUAACAAACUAGCUGGAAAUCUUGGACCCAAUGGGUUAACUGGUAACUUUGGUCCCAACAGAUUACUAGGAAACAACUUUGCUGGCAAUAACUUGGCAGCAGGCAACUGUGCUGGCAACAACAUUGCUGCUAAUAAUUUUGCGGCCAACAACUUGGCAAAUACCGCAAACCUGGCCGCCAACAACCUGGCCAACGCUAAUUUGGCUGCUGGAAAUUUCGCUGGCUCUAACUUGGCCAACUAUCAACUCAACAACAAUAUGGGUUUGAAUAACUUGGCAGCAAACAACGGCUUGCCUGGAAUACCAACUGGCAAUGUUGGCUAUGGUGACGUGGCUGUUGUUGGCGAGUUGCCAGUGGGUGGCAAUACCGCUGUAACUGGCAAUGUGCCAGUUAUCGGGUAUGUCACGUUUGAGGGUAUUCUGCCAGCGGGAGGUCUAGUCAGUGUUGCCAGUAACUGUGGUUGCAACCAGUCGCCAUAUUGA